CCCUCCUACGCACCGGACGACUGCUGUUCCUCUGUUUACUUCCUUCUUAACACCGUCCGUCCCCUUCCAGUCAGUCAGACGCUCGAGACGAUGAAGAGAGGAGCGGCACUUAAAGCUUCCGUUUCAAAGAUUAUUACGGGUGAGCAGCACAAGUCAAGCAUCAAGAUGGAUUAUAAAUAUGACAAUGGAUUAGAAUUGUUGUUGGCUCACAUGAAUUUAGAAGACAUCAUCAACGCUGCAGAGACUCUUUAUCAGCUUGAAGAAGACGGGGAGGAAGGAGGCUUGUCGUUGGAAGAGGAAAGUCUCUCCCAGGAGGAGAUGGACGAAAAUGAGGAGACGGGGGUCUCGGGGAGUCAGCAGAAGGACUAUGAUGAUGGGGUUGGUGGUGUUCGGUACGGGACAGUGACAGACCUCUUGUCUUUUGUCAACCUGCUGUCCAACAUGCAGACAGCAGCCAUGCAGCAUCUACCUGCGGAGAUUGGAGUCCUACUGAACAAGAAGGACAUGGCUGUUAAAAAAGGCCGCUACCAGAUCAACAUAGACGUGCUCCUCUUUCCAUGGAAGCUGACCUACAAGAAUCAUGGCACUAGCCUUGUGCCUAAGGGAUCAUUUGGGAAAGUCCACUUGGCUCAGGACACCAACACCAGGAAGAGAAUGGCUUGCAAACUGAUCCCUAUGGAGCACUUCAAAGCAGCCGAUGUGGAGUUCCAGGCCAGGUUUCGCCACGAGAACAUUGCUGAGCUCUACGGCGCUGUGCUCUGGGACCAAAGUGUCCACCUGUUCAUGGAGGCCGGAGAGGGGGGCUCGGUCCUGGAAAAACUUGACAGCUGUGGGCCCAUGAGGGAGUUUGAGAUCAUCUGGGUGACCAAGCAAGUCCUGCGGGGCCUGGAGUACCUGCACUCACACAACGUCAUCCACCACGACAUCAAACCCAGUAACAUUGUCCUGAUGUCAGACAAGGCAGUGUUGGUGGACUUUGGCUUGACGGUGCAAAUGACAGAGGAUAUAUACAUUCCCAGAGACCUGAGAGGAACUGAGAUGUAUAUGAGUCCAGAAGUGGUUCUAUGUCGAGGACAUAACACCAAGACAGACAUCUACAGCUUGGGCACCACCAUCAUUCACAUGCAGACUGGCAGCCCUCCAUGGGUCUUGAGAUACCCUCGCACCGCCUACCCAUCCUACCUCUACAUUAUCCACAAGCAAGCCCCGCCUAUGGAGGACAUAGCGGAGGACUGCAGCCUGGCCAUGCGAUCCUUUCUUGAGCGGGCCCUGGAAAGGAACCCUGCUCUGCGCAGCUCUGCGUCAGAGCUUCUGAAAGACGAGGCCAUCAACCCCCCCAGAGAGGAUCAGCCUCGCUGCUGGAGCCUUGACUCAGCCAUGGAGGAGGCCAACCACACCAUGCUACGCCAGCAGUGCCAGCACCAUGACACCACACAGGAUUCUUCUCUUUACUCCGAGGACUCUGGCCACACGAGGAGGAAGGGCUCCUUGUACAUUGACCUAGGGGCCUUGUCGGGUUACAGUAAACUGGUGACCGGGCCCCCUACUGCGGAAUAUGGCUAGCCCCGGACCACAGCCUGCCAAUUAUGUGGCUGAACUUUAGUCAAAGGCAAUUGAUGAUUUAACCUUUUUAUACAUAUUGCUCUGCUGUUAUAUAUCCGAGAGCUCAAGGCGACAUAGGUCAGGGAUGAACUGCACUUAUUUACAAGUCUGAGGAUUAAUGGAAUGAGCUCAACCUUGAUGCUGAAAUGGGCUGAUGUGAGUCAACUGCACUGCAGGACAGUGGUUGGAAGAGAUGUACUGUGUAUCAUUGAGCAUUAACUGUCAGCUAUUGGUAUAAUUCCCAGAGCUCUCUGCUUCUUUCUGGUGGAUGCUAUGUUCUUUUCUUGUGAAAAUAUGAGUUAUAGUCUUUAAAAAAAAAGAUGAAUUACUAAACAUAUGUAAGGUAUUUCGUUAAAGUAUGUGUGCACUAUGCAAACAUAUCUAUGUAGUUCUUUAUGAACUCCCUCUUGUUAAUUCCUGUGGAAUAUUAAUAGCAUCGUAAGUGACACUUCUGUGGAAUGCAUGUGAUUUCCUAUUUGUGUUUUGUACAUCCUUUGAGAUGAGGUCUGAUGUUCUUCUCACCAAUAAAAUGUGUUACUUUUA